CGUCCAAAUGGAUGGAUGCGAAUGCGACGCGAGCGAGGACCCCCGCCCCGCCGGCGAGGUGAGAGAUGACGACCCUCACGGCGGCCUUCCGAGCCGCCAAAAUCCCGCGCACCCUCCCUCCCAAACGCCGCGAGGCAGCCGCGUCCGGGGAUCCGUCCGCGAGGGCCACGAAGGGGAAGGCGCCGCCGCCGUGGUGCGUCUACCUGAUAGCUUCCUCCCGGAUCCCCCGCACCUACGUCGGCGUCACCACCGACUUCCCUCGCCGUUUGAGACAACAUAAUGGUGAAUUAAAAGGUGGUGCAAAAGCUGCCUCUGCUGGAAGGCCUUGGAAUCUUGCAUGCCUUGUUGAAGGCUUUGUCAGCAGAAGUGAAGCCUGUGAGUUUGAAUCGAAGUGGAAAAACAUCUCCCGGAAAAUGGCACGGAAAAGGACUGAGCAUAGCGUGGAGUCGGUGUUGCAACAUCGACAGGCAGCAUUGAGCAAAGUGGAAACCUGUAUGGAUUGUAGCCACCUACAAAUCAAAUGGCACUCAAGUUGAGAUUAGUUAUUUGCACUGUGCGGGCUGUGGGCAUCUAAUUGUAUAAAAUAAUUCCCAUGUCUUAGCUCAUAGUGCAUGCAAUACUUUGAUUUGCUACCAGUAUGAUGAGGAUGGGGCUAUUGUAUUUGUUCUCAGCAUGAAGACGACAGAAUAGGCAGCUCUAGCUUGCAAUUGUACGUUUUUUUUUAUUUGUACGUGCAAUUGUUUCAAAAAUCAAAAGGAUAGAUAGUCUUCUAUUCUAGGAGCCAUCUACAUGAUCUACUGUGUGAUGGACCUCUGUCUAAUUGUAAAUGAAAUUUAUGUGCUAUGUGAUUACUUAUAAUUGACCUUGAAAGUAGGGAGUACCAAAGCCAUUGCCCAUUUCAUUGAGGCAUGUUUGCA